AUGCCUAGAAGAAGAAGGUCGCAGCUAUCUAAGAAUAGUUCCCAAGCGAGAUUAGUAAAAGUUCGUCGUAUUGGAGAGUCUUCUUCUGAAAAUGCAGAUCGUCUGGAAAUUAUGAGAGUGUACGCUUGCCAAUCGCGAGCCAGAGAAUUAAGCGUCGAACGUUCAAUUCGUCUUGCAGAACAAAAUGCAACAUACGAACGACAGUCAAGUGCUGAGCGCUCUCAGCGACUUGAAGAAAAUAGAGCUAGGAACUCGCGAACGCGUGCACGGGAAUCUAGCACUGAACGCUCGCAGCGGCUUUUGACACAGCGAGAUAGACAACGGUCGUUAAGAGCUAGGAUGCGCAAUAGAAUUUUAGCGCAUAGUAAUAGGUCGGCAUUUAGUUACGAUCCUCAAAUUAAAUAUGCUCAUCAAAACAGCAUCCAAAUCGGAGCAAUGAAUAAGAUGUGUCCGAUAUGUUUCGCUAAAAAAUGGGCUGAGGAAGCGAAAGGUAUGUGCUGUGCAUCUGGAAAGGUUGUUCUCCCUAACAUUGAUGAGCCACCAGAACCAAUUAAAAGUCUUUUGACAAAUAAUCAUAUACUAUCCGCGCAUUUUUUGAAUAACACCAUGUUGAAUAGCCACAAUGUUUACAUACGAAGUUUUAAACAUAGUAUUGAACUCAAUACCCCCGACAGUUUGAAAUUGAUCAUUUACUCUGAUCGCACACCCCAUACAGAACACAGAGGAAGAUAUAACGCCCCUUCAAUAAAUGAAGUGGCCGUUCUCUUGGUCGAUGAAGACAAAGGACCCAGGGAUAUAGUACUGCACGGUAGAGACGGACAACUAAAACGAGUGUCGGAAUUACAUCGAGCAUAUGAUCCGCUACAAUAUCCGUUGAUGUUUGCAUCAGGAGACGAUGGAUAUUAUUUAACUAUUCCUCAGCAGAAUUCCUCAAGAAAUAAGACUGUGUCAUGUAUGCAAUAUUAUGCAUACCGUUUAAUGAUUAGGGCCAACUGUUUUAAUGCACUCCAUUAUUACAAAGAUUUGUUUAAUCAAUAUUGUGUGGAUAUGAUGGCGAAGAUGAUUUCCGAAAGGUUAAAUUUUGUUUACCGAAACCAACAAAAGCUUAGAGCGGAUGACUAUAUUCAUUUAAGGGAUGCUUUAAACCAAGACGCAAGGGUAAUUGCAGCUAAUAUCGGACAGCAUGUCAUCUUGCCGUCAUCAUUUACUGGGUCUCCAAGGUAUCUCCACGAAAAGACACAAGAUGCAAUGACAUACGUGCGCAAUUAUGGAAGGCCAGAUCUUUUCAUAACUUUCACCUGUAAUCCAGAUUGGCAUGAAAUAAAACUGGAACUUUUUCCCGGUCAACGGUCUUUCGACCGGCAUGACAUCAUAGCUCGAGUGUUUCACUUAAAAAUGAAGAAAAUGAUAAAAAUAUUAACAAAAGACGCGAUUUUUGGGCCGGUUAAAUGUUAUAUGCUUACUGUUGAGUGGCAAAAAAGAGGAUUGCCGCAUUGUCAUAUGUUGCUUUGGUUGAACUCAAAAGUACAACCCGAUGAAAUUGAUAAAAUAAUAGUUGCCGAACUACCUAAUAAAGACGAAGACCCAGUAUUAUUUGAGAUAGUCACAAAGAAUAUGGUACAUGGACCAUGUGGACAAGAAAAUUUGACUUCUCUGUGCAUGAAAAAUGGGAUAUGUACAAAAAAAUAUACACGACGUUUCGUGACUGAAACACAGACCGGGGAGGAUGGGUAUCCCGUUUAUCGACGACGCGAUAUCGACAACGGAGGGCAGAUUGCUGCAUUGAAUGUCCGAGGGCGUACGGUUAAUAUAGACAACAGAUGGAUCGUUCCAUAUACCCCAAUACUAUGUCGAUCUUUUAAUGCUCAUAUUAAUGUUGAAUAUUGUCAUUCCGUACAAGCCAUAAAAUACAUAUGUAAAUACAUUAACAAAGGAUCGGAUCAAGCAACUUUCAGUGUCAGAAAUGCUCACGAUGAAGUUGAAAAUUAUUUGAACGGCCGGUACAUAAGUACAUCUGAAGCAGUGUGGAGGAUAUUAGAGUUUCCUAUACAUGACAGACACCCUACCGUAGUACACCUAGCAGUACACCUAGAGAAUGGACAACGAGUGUACUUCUCAGCGGAAAAUAUGCAAAAUAUAGCGCAAAAUCCACCAAAAACGACACUUACGGCGUUUUUUGACCUAUGCCACAGUGAUGGUUUUGCUAAAACACUACUCUAUCACGAAGUUCCUCAUUAUUAUACAUGGGCUAACAAUAAAUUUUCUAGAAGGAAACGUGGCCAAGAAGUAGUUGGACAUCCCGGUAUAAAAAAAGAUGCGGCACUGGGAAGAGUAUACAGCGUUCAUCCUUCCCAGUCAGAGUGUUUUUAUCUCAGGAUACUGCUUCAUCAUGUACGUGGCCCAACAUCGUUCCAAGAUUUAAAAACCGUUGACGGAGUUGUUAAAGAAACUUACCAAGCCGCUUGCCGAGAAAGGGGUUUGCUAGAAGAUGAUAACCAAUGGGAAACUACUUUGAGAGAAGCUUCGAUUUCUCAAUGUCCGUUAAGGCUGAGAGAGUUGUUUGUGGUAAUAUUAUUAUUUUGUUUUCCCUCGGAACCUCUCAAAUUAUGGGACACGUUUAAAGAUGAUUUGUGUGAAGACAUCAGACAUAUAGCCCAAGAACAAGGUUCCGAUUAUGAUGUAUAUAACAAAGGUUUGAUACAAAUCGAAAACAAACUUUUAGAAUUAAAUGACAAAAGUUUAAGAGACUUUGGAUUACCUUCUUCGAAUCGCUCACAAAAUGUAGUUGAUGCCAUACCGUGCCAUCAACAGUCUGUAUGUUCAAUCCGUAAAAAUGGUCCACUGGGAAAGCUCUUACAGGACACGUCGCUGAUUAUUUGGGAUGAGUGCACCAUGAGCCAUAGAGCUCAUGUAGAAGCAGUGGACCGCACAUUAAAAGAUAUAAGAAACUCAUGCAAUAUGAUGGGUGGCGUAACUUUUGUUUUCGCUGGAGACUUUCGCCAAACUCUACCAGUUGUAACAAAAGGUACACGUGCCGACGUUAUUAAAGCGUGCCUUAAAUCAUCACCUUUGUGGCUAUCAAUUAAAACUCUCAAUUUGCGCACGAAUAUGAGAGCACAUUUAUGCAAUAACCGCGGUGGUAAUUUCUCAGAAAAUAUACUUAAAUUAGGAGACGGAAAAUUUACUACUCCAAUUGCAAACAGCUCCCAAGUACUUUUGGAUAUUGGAUUGGCCCAAACUGUUCACAGUCUAGAAAUUCUUAUAGACAAAAUCUAUCCCGACAUCAACAAUCUUACAUGCCCACCAGGAGCUGGUUCGGAAUACUACAAUUUUAAGAAACAUCAUUCGACAGUUCUUCUGGCCACUUACGACGCCAAUUGUACUUUUUUCGCAGUUGACAUCGGUGCGUACGGAAGUCAAAGUGAUGGUGGGGUGUUUUCAGACCCAUCUUUUGGUAGAAAAGUUUUAACUGGUGGCACAAAACUUCCCUCCUCCCAGUCGACUUCCGAAUUAUACCUGCAACCGUUACAUGGUUGGUAA